AUGGAAGCACCCGUCCAGAUCGGACAAUUCAUCCUGGGCAAAAACCUGGGUAUCGGGGCUUUUGGAAAGGUCAAACUUGCUACCCAUGUGGUGACAGGACACAAAGUAGCUGUGAAGAUCCUGAAUAAGGCAAAAAUCAAACAGCUGGGGAUGGAAGAAAAAGUCCAACGAGAAAUCAACAUCUUACACCUGUGCACCCAUCCUCACAUUAUUCGGUUGUACGAAGUCAUCGAUACCCCUACAGAUAUCUUCUUGGUUAAUGAAUACGUCUCGGGAGGGGAGCUAUUCGAUUACAUUGUGUCCAAGGGGCGUCUAUCCGCCGACGAGGCCAGGAAUUUCUUCCAUCAAAUCAUUUCUGGAGUGGAGUACUGCCACUUCCAAAAAAUUGUUCAUCGCGAUCUCAAGCCGGAGAACCUUCUGCUCGAUGCAAACUUGAAUAUUAAGAUUGCUGACUUUGGGCUUUCCAACUUGAUGAGAGACGGAGAUUUCCUGAGGACAUCUUGUGGUUCUCCCAACUACGCCGCCCCGGAAGUUAUCAGUGGUCAUCUCUAUGCUGGGCCUGAAGUGGAUGUAUGGUCUUGUGGAGUCAUCCUUUAUGCAUUGCUGUGUGGUUCGCUUCCCUUUGACGAUGAGUCCAUUCCAAAUCUCUUCAAGAAAAUUAAGAGCGGAAUGUACAGCCUACCAACUCACUUGUCACAAUUGGCCAAAAACCUUAUCCCACGCAUGCUGGCAAGUCAGGACACCGACUGA